AUGAGCGGGCUGUGCACUGCUCUCCUCCUGAGUAUGGGUUUUGCUGUUUCUCUGGGCUUCAAUCUGGAGGUAGAAAAUCUGAUGAGCUUUCAGAUGGGAAGUACCGGGUUUGGAUACAGUGUGGUCCAAUAUGACAGUUCCUGGGUGGUGGUUGGAGCCCCCCAUGAGAUGAAGGCCACCAACCAAAGAGGCGGCCUCUACAAGUGUGACUAUGCCACAGGGCAGUGUCAGCCCAUCCAGCUGCAGGUGCCCCCCGAGGCUGUGAACAUGUCCUUAGGCCUGUCCCUGGCAGCUGCCUCCAAUGCCUCCCAGCUUCUGGCCUGUGGCCCCACGUUACAGAAGGAAUGCAGAGAGAAUAUCCAUUUGAACGGGUUAUGCUUCCUGCUGGCCCCAUCUUUCCAGCAGAAAGAAAGGCUCCCAAUGUUCCAGCGGGAGUGUCCCAAGCAGGAACAGGAUAUUGUAUUCCUCAUCGAUGGCUCUGGAAGCAUCCAGCCUAAUGACUUCACCAAAAUGCUAAACUUCGUGAAGUCUGUGAUGAGCCAGUUUCAGGGAUCUGGUGCUCAGUUCUCCCUGGUGCAGUUCUCCUACAGCGUCCAGGUACACUUUACGUUCAGUGGGUAUGCCAAAAGUUCAGACCCCCAGAGCCUGCUGAACAAUAUACAUCAGCAAAAAUCAAACACCAGAACUGCCACAGCAAUUGAUACAGUCAGAAAGGACGUGUUCAGUGCUGAAAAAGGAGCCCGCACAGAUGCCACCAAGAUCCUCAUCGUUAUUACAGAUGGCAGGAAAUAUGGUGACAACAAGGAGUAUUCCGAAGUGAUACCUCCGGCCAACGCCGCGGGCAUCAUCCGCUAUGCCAUCGGGGUUGGAGAGGCUUUUCAAACGCCAGAAUCUUGGAACGAGCUAAAUACCAUCGCCUCAAGUCCUCCCCAGGACUAUGUAUUUAAUGUGGAGAACUUUGAUGCACUGAAGCAGAUUCAAAAACAGCUGAAAGACAAGAUCUUUGCCAUCGAGGGUACAGGGACCGGGAGCAGUAGUUCCUUUGAACUGGAGAUGUCCCAGGAAGGCUUCAGUGCGGCCUUCACCCCUGAUGGACCAGUGUUGGGGGCCGUGGGUAGCUUCGACUGGUCCGGAGGUGCCUUCCUGCACUCCCCCACUAGGCCUGCCACUUUCAUCAACAUGUCUAAGGAGAAUGUGGACAUGAGGGAUGCCUACCUAGGUUACUCCACCCAGGUGGUCCUGUGGAAGGGGGCGCGGAGCCUGGUCAUGGGGGCCCCUCGUUACCAGCACACGGGGAAGGUUGUCAUGUUCACCCAGGAAUCGGGGCAAUGGCAGCCAAAUGCUGAAAUCACAGGGACCCAGAUUGGCUCCUACUUUGGAGCCUCCCUGUGCUCUGUGGAUGUCAAUGGAGAUGGCAACACUGACCUGAUCCUCAUUGGGGCCCCCCAUUACUAUGAGCAGACCCGAGGGGGCCAGGUGUCUGUGUGCCCGAUGCCCAGGGGGAGGGCUCCGUGGCGGUGUGUGUCUGUUCUCCGAGGGGAACAGGGCCAUUUCUUGGGCCGCUUUGGCGCGGCCAUGACCGUGCUUGGGGAUGUGAACUGGGACAAGCUGACAGACGUGGCCGUUGGGGCUCCAGGAGAGCAGGAGAACCGCGGUGCUGUUUACAUCUUUCAUGGCACCCCAGGCCUGGGCUUGGGCCCUGCACACACCCAGAGGAUUGCAGCCUCCCAGCUCUCCUCCAGCCUCCAGUAUUUUGGGCAGUCGCUGAGCGGGGGUCAGGACCUCACCCGGGAUGGACUGGUGGACCUGGCCGUGGGGUCCCGGGGCCGUGUGCUGCUGCUCAGGACCAGACCCAUCCUCCGGGUGUCUGCAAACAUCCGCUUCUCACCUGCAGAGAUCUCCAGGACUGUGUUCCAGUGUCAGAACCACCAAGCCACCGUCCAGACACUGGGCCGUGCCGAUGUCUGCCUUCAUGUUACUGAAAGUUCUAAGCAGCAGCUAGGCAACCUUCAGAGCUCCAUGACCUUUGACCUGGCCUUGGACCCUGGCCGUCCAAUUCCCCGUGCCAUCUUCAAGGACACAAAGACACGGAUUCUGACCUGGAAUGAAGUCCUUGGACUGAGCUCGCAUUGCAAACAAGUGGAAUUACUCCUCCCGGACUGCGUGGAGGACGCGGUGACCCCCAUCACCUUGCGCCUCAACUUCUCUCUAGUGGGCCUGCCCCUGUCUUCCUUCAAAAAUCUCACUCCUAUGUUGGAUAAGAACAUGAAGACCUACUACACGGCUUCUCUCCCCUUUGAGAAGAACUGUGGAGCUGACCACAUCUGCCAGGAUGACCUUGGUGUCACCUUCGACUUCUCAGGCCUGCAGACUGUGGUGGUGGGAAGCACCCUAGACCUAAAUGUGAACGUGACAGUGUCCAACGAUGGCGAGGAUUCCUACGGGACCACGGUCACCUUCAUCUACCCAGCAGGGCUGUCCUAUCGGCGAGUGACUGGCAGCCAGAGCUCGCUGCAUCAGCGCCCACUCACCCUGACCUGUGGCAGCGCCCAGACCCAGGAUCUGAACAUCAGGAGGACCAGCUGCCACAUCGGCCAUGUCAUCUUCUACGGUGGCACACAGAUUUUCUUCUUGGCUACUUUUGAUGUCUCCCCCAAAGCCAUGUUGGGAGACAAGCUACUCAUGACAGCCAAUGUGACCAGUGAGAACAACUCACCCAGGACCAGCAAGAGCACCUUGCAGCAGGAGCUGCCGGUGAAGUACGCGGUCUAUGCUGUGGUCAGCAGCUUGGAGGAUUCCACCAAAUACCUCAACUUCUCAGCCACAGAGCACGAGCUGAGCGGCAUGGUGAAGCACGGAUACCAGGCACAUAACCUGGGACAGAGGGAUCUGCCCGUGAGCAUCCACUUCUGGGUACCUGUAGAAGUAGGCGGGACAGCUGUGUGGACGGAAGUGAAGCUACACCCCCAGAACCCAUCUAUCCAGUGCUCUUCGGAGAGAAUAGUUCCCAAGCAGUCUGACUUCCGGGCCAGUAUGAAGGAAGAUCCCGUGCUGAACUGCUCCAUUGCAGACUGCCUGAGGUUCCGCUGUGACAUCCCCUCCUUUGGCAUCCAGGAGCAGCUGGACUUCCUCCUGCAGGGCAACCUCAGCUUUGGCUGGGUCAGCAAGACAUUGCAGAAGAAGGUGUUGGUCACAACGGUGGCUGAGAUCACGUUCGACACAGCCGUGUAUUCCCAGCUCCCAGGCCAGGAGGCGUUUCUGAGGGCCCAGGUGAAGACAGUGCUGGAGAAUUACGAGGUGCCCAACCCUAUUCCCCUCAUCGUGGGCAGUUCCGUGGGUGGGCUGCUGCUGCUGGCCCUCAUCACAGCUGCCCUGUACAAGGUGGGCUUCUUCAACCGUCAGUACAAGAAAAUGAUGGAGGAAGCAAAUGGACAGCAGAAGGCUGUGCCAGAAAAUGGGGUCGCAGAGGCUUUCACAGAAAAUGGGCUCGGCUUCUUCAAGCAGCAGUACAAGGACAUGAUGGGUGAAGAUGCUGUCCAAGAGACACCACCCCAGUAA